CUGUUAUUUUCAGUUGCGGCCUUGAUUCGACAAAAGCCUUCCUCAGUAAUCGUUGAAGAAGGAGAAAACGUGAACUUAGAAUGCAAAGCUUCUGGUCUGCCGAUGCCAACGGUGACGUGGCGAAAAGCAUUCGGUCAUUUGCCAAGAGGAAGGACUGCAGUAAUGGAUGGAAACAUGACUGUGCUUAGUGUAACUAAAGAGGAUAGAGGGACUUACGUAUGCACAGUAAAGAAUAUCCUUGGAGAGGAAUCCGCUUUCCCCAUAGUAACAGUGAUUGACAGGCUCAGAUUUACCAUUACGCCUCCUAUAAAGGCUGUCGCAUUCGAGUCUAGCAGCCUGAUACUAAAUUGCAAAGCCAAGGGAUCCCUAGAAAUUACCUGGAAAAGGGCCAAUAAAAAUCUUCCUCAAAACCACAUCAUGUUUGCAAAUGGAACUUUGUUUCUCAGGAAGGUGACCACAAAUGAUGCAGGAUCCUACACAUGUGUAGCAAGAAAUUAUCAACGAACAAUAAUUGCAUCGUCUACUGUGGAAGUGCUCAAACCCGGCGUGUCCUGUAGCAGUAUAAAAUCAGGCCACAGUGGAAGUUCUUCAGGUAAUUAUAUCAUUGACCCUGAUAGCAAAGGAGGCGUGGCUCCCUUUAGUGUGUAUUGUGACAUGAGUGACAAGGGAGGAGUUGGCGUGACAGUCAUAAGUCACGACAGCGAGAAACGAACAUAUGUCGGUAACAUUUCUGGAUGUGAGUGGACUAAACCUGGAUGUUACAGAAAAGAUGUAACUUACAGUGGAGUCAAGAUCGCUCAGCUAUCAGCCCUAACUAGAAUUUCACAGAACUGUGAACAAUUUAUCAAGUUUGAGUGCAACAAUCAUGUAGCCUUUGUACAGGAGUCGGUUGCCUGGUGGGUGUCACGUGAUGGUAGAAAAAUGAACUACUGGGGAGGAGCUGGUGGAUCAGCCAACAUGUGCGCAUGCGGAGUGACAAACUCUUGUUCAAAUGGUAAAAAAUUUUGUAACUGUAACAAUGGUAACUGGGGCUGGAAAGAAGACAGCGGUCUACUGACGGACAAGUCUGCAUUGCCUGUUUCACAGAUCAGAUUGGCGGACCUGGAUGAUCCAGAUGAAGAAGGAUAUCAUACAUUAGGAAAACUCAAGUGUUAUGGCCUGGCAUAA